UAAUUUAAUGCUUAGAAGAGUUACAAUAAUUAUAAAGUCAAAAGGAAACCCCACGAAGAAAGUAUUAUAUACUUGUAAAUUAAUGUAAAUUUCUUUUUUUUUUAAUGAAGUUUUAAAAAUUAAACAGUUGUGCGAAUACUUAUUGCUUCAAUAUUUCUAUCGAUUAAUUGUUUUUUCCUUGUUAAUUUCGCAACUUACGUAAAUAGCUAAUUUUUUUUUUUGUACUCUAUCUAUUCUAGAGAUUUCCGAGAAUAUGUAGAAUGUCAUUGUUUAUAAAAAAUAAGUUAAUAAAUUACAAUUUUACAUAGUUUCUUUGGAAAUUGAUCGGUGUACGAAUACUUUCUACACUCACUGUAUGCCUUGGUAAUUUUCAAGAAAAGUUAUCGUUCCGUAUAUCACAUAAUAUUAUAUAAUUUAUUAUCUAAAUAGUACAUAAUAUGCAAUUUUUGUACAAGAUUAAAUUAUUUGUUUUUUCCGUCAAAUUUGCUUUAAUCGAGUUCGAUUUCUCUCCGAACAGGGAAUCACUUCCAUAGGAACGUAAUUUUAUAAGGACACCCUUGCGAUACGUAAAUGCGUAAACUGUCACUGCGUGUAUGUCAACCGGGUCACUGUCAGCAAGGAUGUGACCACGUCAGUAUCGAUUCACCCUGGCACCUGCUAUGUUGUGCCGUUAGAUUCCAUCUGCAAACUUGGAAUCGUCUCUGUCGCAUUACAGUGUAAAAAAUACAAAUGUAGUCUUGGUUUUCAUCGAAGGAUGCUCUUCUCCCGCGCUUUACUUGUUGCAACGGUCGUCUGGUUGCAACACUGCACCCGUUGCGUCGAUAGUCAAGGUAAUGUCGCGAACGAGGCGGACGAUAAACCAAAGACUCCGAUACCGUCGCACGUUACGGUAACGUCCUGGAAUGACAUGCCGUUCUCAGGGAUCGUCGAAGAGAACGGAAAAUGGAUCGGUAAAGGAUACGCAUUUUAUAUCCUCGAUUUGCUCAGCUCGAAGUUGAACUUCUCGUACACCAUUAUUCCGCCAAGAGAGCAUAUACUUGGCAAUGAGAACAGCGGCGUUCUUAGUUUACUGUACGAAAAGCAGAAGGUGGACAUAGCUGUCGCGUAUCUUCCGGUAUUGCCGGAAAUGCGACGAUACUGCACGUUCAGUACUUUCCUGGACGAAAUGAAAUUAACAGCCUUAAUGAAGAGACCACACGAAUCGGCUACUGGUUCGGGUCUCUUGGCACCAUUCGAAAGGACCGUUUGGAUUCUGGUACUGGCGUCGUUGGUCUUCGUGGGACCGGUUAUUUAUUUCUUUGCUUAUAUCAGAUCAAAGUUAUGGCACGAUCCAGACUCUGAGAGGUUCAGUUUGACCUCCUGUUUCUGGUUUGUUUACAGUUCCCUUUUGAAACAGGGGACGAACAUCGUCGCUACGACAGAUUCAACGCGAAUGCUCUUUGCUACUUGGUGGAUUUUUAUAUUGAUACUGACAUCUUUCUAUACGGCGAAUCUCACGGCGUUCCUCACGAAGCCUCAGUUUACCCUGUCCAUUAGUUCUUUACAGGAUAUCGUUCACAAGGGUUACAGUUGGGUCACUUACAAAGGACGUACAGUUGAUUUUCUUCUUUCCCAAGUAAAAUCUCGGCCAAUGUCUACCGACAGUAAAGUGUUUCGAAUUUUGUCUAAUUUUCUUUUCUUUUUUUUUCAGAACCAUUACAACGAUUUGAGCUUGUUGAAUGCGAGCAAACGACAAGGGAAAGGUGUUUUUAAAUAUUACGAGCCGUCAAAGGCCAUUUUAAAUUCCGUUAGCACGAAAAGGCUGUUCCUGGGAGAAGCACACUAUCUGCAAACUUUAAUAUUCCAAGAUUACAUAAACAAAACUCGCAGACACAUGGAUCAUAGCCUGCGCUGCACUUACGUUAUAAUGCCUGGAAACAUCUUAGUGACAAAUCGUGCAUUUGGAUUUCCUCUGAAUGGUUCCAUCAUUGAGAACCAUAUUAAUAAAAUGUUGCUUAGAUUAGUAGAGACAGGUAUUAUACAACACAGACAAGAAGAGGACCUACCGUUAGCGGAAAUUUGUCCGGUUGACCUCCGUUCGACCGAAAGACAACUGCGGAACACCGAUCUCCUUUUAACGUACAAAGUCGUCGUCGCAGGAUACGCGAUCGCCUCGAUUAUUUUUCUGUUUGAAAUCAUUUUCGCGUUUAUAUGGAGCCGAAUAAAAUACAGCAAGCAACGAGACACGCGCAACUCUCUUGCUCUGAGAGUAAAAUCGGAUCAUUCGAAGAAAAAUAGUUCGCGUCAAAAGCGGAUAACAUUCUUAAAGGGUAAUACGCCGGACAUUUAUCAACCCCCAGAAAACAUCUUGAUGCAAAGAAAGCAAGAAUUAAUUAACGGAAGAAAUUACUAUGUAGUCACUGACAGCGCCGGCGAUCGAAGAUUAAUUCCUAUAAGGACCCCUUCGGCUAUUCUCUUCCAAUAUGCGAGUUAAUUGAACGCAAUAUUCAUAUUGAUGACAAAAAUCUGCUGUUUAUAAUAAUGUUUAAUGUAAUCUUAUAUUAUCUUCGCCAUAU